AUGGAUGACAAGGCGCGGUACGAGCGAUGGACUAAAGACUCGCUCGUGGCGCGCAUCCUAGCGCUCGAGGACGACCUGCGCGCGCGCGACCACCCCGAGAGCGUGAAAUCGGCUCCGGCGGCAGCGGCAGUGACUCAGACAGGGGAGGUCUCCUCCGCCUCGUCCUCUCCGCAGCCCCUACUAGCACCAGCAACACCACCAGCCAAGAAGAAGCCCGACCGCAAGAUCGACCCGUCCAAGUACUCGACGCGGCUGGUGGCGCUCAAGCUCGCGUACGUCGGCAAGAACUACGGCGGCUUCGAGUUCCAGGCCAGCGGCAACCUGCCGACCAUCGAGGAGGAGCUGUGGAAGGCCUUCGUCAAGGCCUGCCUCAUCUUCCCCGAGCGGCCCAACGAGGUGCGCUUCGACGACUGGGAGUACUCCAAGUGCGGGCGCACCGACCGCGGCGUCAGCGCCUUUGGCCAGGUCAUCGCCAUCCGGGUCAGGAGUCUGCGGCCGCUGCCUAAGAAGAAGGCACCACCGCCGGCGGAGGCCCAGGCGCAGGAGGGCGAAGAAACUUCUGCUGCUACUUCUGCAGAUGCCGAACCCCAGCAGGAAAGUCUCAAUCAGGAGACACCACCGGAAGAAGUGGAUGAGGCAGAGGAGCGCGAGUUCAACGACUUCACAGACGAGAUCCAGUACCCGCGGAUCCUGAACCGGCUGCUGCCGCCCGACAUCAGGAUACUAGCCUGGUGUCCGACGACGCCGGCCGACUUCUCGGCGCGCUUCGACUGCCGCGAGCGGCAGUACCGGUACUUCUUCACGCAGCCGGCGUACUCGCCCGUCCCUCGGAGCCUCGAGAACCCCAAAUCCAAGACUAGUGGUGGUGACAGGAUCAAGGACGGCUGGCUCGACAUCGACGCCAUGCGCGCGGCGGCCAAGAAGUUCGAGGGCCUGCACGACUUCCGCAACUUCUGCAAGGUCGACCCGGGCAAGAUGAUCGUCAACUUCGACCGGCGCAUCUUCGAGAGCGACAUCGUGGAAGUCAAGGACGUCAACACGGCGCUGCCGUACCUGGACAACGCGGACUUCAGGCCCGCCGCUGGCUUGGGGGAAGCAGGAUCGCAGGACAAGGACAACAAGUUCCCCAAGGUGUACUACUUCCACGUGCGCGGGUCGGCCUUCCUCUGGCACCAGAUCCGGUGCAUGGUCGCCGUGCUCUUCAGCGUAGGCCAGGGCCUCGAGGCCCCCUCCGUCGUCGACCAGCUCCUCGACGUGGCCGCCCAGCCGCGCCGGUUCAACUACGUGCUCGCGUCCGAGGCGCCGCUCGUGCUCUGGGACUGCAUAUUCCCGCUCGACGGCGACGCCAACAACUCGGAAAACCACCGCGAAGACGCCGUGCCGUGGGUGUACCUGGGCGAGGAGAACCCGCUGAACCAGCACGGCCACACGGGCCUCGUCGACCAGAUGUGGGAAUUCUGGCGCGAGCGCAAGAUCGACGAGGUGCUCGCGGGCCAGCUGUUCAAUGCCGUCGCCGCGCGGGCCGACAUCUCGCUGCGUCGGGACCCGCGGGCGCCGCGGUGCGUGCCCGUCACGCAGCGGGUGUUUGAGGGCGGGCACAGGGAGCGUCUGGUCGGCAAGUACGUGCCGAUGCUGCAGAAGUCGCGGUUGAUGUCGCCGGACGAGGUCUACGAGCGCGAGGCUAGGAGGAAGGGCUUUGCGAGUGUGGCCGAGUUGAGAGCGGCCGCGGCGCAGAAGAGGGCCGAUGCCCUGGCGCGGGCUGCGGUUGAAGGCGAUGAGUAG